GAAACGCUUCGGGAUUUUAAUUCGCUGGUUACUGAUAACAUUAUUAUAUAUAUUAUGUCGUGAUUUAAAAUAUUUUUAUAUCUACUAUUUGAACCGCCUUCUAUCCGACCGAUUCAGAAAAACAAUAUGGCCGGCCUGGCGCUUCGAUUCAGUAUAGCCUUAAGCGUAUGUCUCCUGGUGACUGCAGACUUCACAGCCGACUGUCCCGUAGAAUGUAAAUGCGGCUGGUAUAAAGGAAGCAAACAAGCGGACUGCUCCCACUCUGUAUUCCACGACAUACCCAACAAUUUGUCACCAGAAACACAAAUCUUAGACCUUACUGCCAACGACCUCAACAAAAUCAAGAGACACGCCUUCCGAGAAGCAGGAUUAAUCAAUCUAAAGAAGCUCAUACUCAGCGAAUGCAAAUUAACUUCUAUAGAUGAAAACGCACUGACCAACCUUCAGAUAUUGAUCGUGAUUGAUUUAUCGAAAAACGAACUAAAAACGUUACCUACCGAAAUUUUUAAGGAAACACCAAAAAUUAGAUGGAUUUUACUCAACGACAAUCAAAUUGAGAAGCUAGAAGAUGGCCUAUUUAACAAUCUUCCCGGUCUGUAUAAAGUGGAUUUGAGCAACAACCACAUAACACAAAUCGGUAUGGAAACCUUCCUAAAUGUGCCAAAGCUAGAGAGAUUAAAGCUCAAUAACAAUAAGUUGGAACAACUUGAAAAAGACAAACUGAACGCUUUGACGUCUAUAUAUUUAGUUCUGGAUGUUCAUGAUAAUCCUUGGAGAUGUGACUGCAAUUUGAAGCCUCUGGUGAACUGGGUGAUCGGAGAAAGGUUCUCCGCAACACCCAUAUCCUGCAGCGAACCACCCCUAGUUCAGGGUAAACUGUGGAGUGAGCUGGAAUCCAGUGACUUUGCUUGUGAAUAAGCUUCCCUUCUAUUGUAACAAGAGUACCAUAGUUAGAUUUUUAUCAUUUUGUAAAAACUGGUUUGAAGUAGAAAUAGAAUUAAGUAUAUUUGAUUAAAUGAUUAUAACACAAGAAGUGCAUACAUUAAACAAAAGGAACAUUCAUUUAUCAUAUGAAAUUGUGCAUGAUUAACAUAUAGGUAUUACUGCUUUAGUGUAACAUUGUGUUGCAUUUUUUGUCGCCCAUGUCAGGGGAUAUAAUCCUUCACGUUAGGGAAAGCAUUUUUUUUCUUUAAUUAUUAUUUAUGGUUAGACUUUGUUUACAGGGUGUGCCGUAAAUAUUACGACAUACUUUACAAGGUGAUAGCUGACAUCAAGGCCUACUAAACUACCGCAAUAUAUAUUAGCCGAAA